CAGGCUAAGAAGCGGAACUUCCUUUCUGAGAAUCCGAAGGCGUUCAGUACCUUAAGGCCUCGGGCGCUUGCCGGGAUUCUCACACUUUUGCAUGCUUUCGGUGCGACUAUAGAUUCAAGGAACUUCAUCAAUUCAUCGACCAUCGUAUAUGCGUCAUCCUUGAGUACACUGUACAGAAACUUGUGCGAGUUUCAUCGAAAGGUUUUCUCUCAGAAGUUCGUUCGGUAGAUAAAAGGCAAUGCCUCGUCCGCCUUCACCUUCAAUUCCGGAGAAAGAGUUUCUGUUCAAUGCAUUGAAGCAAUCGCUACGACUGGAUGGCCGACAGGCACUUGAAAUGAGGACGCCGACCUUGACAUUUGGACCGGACCUAGGAUGGGUAGAAUGCUCACUUGGAAAGACUAGGUAUGUAUGUAACCUCAUUUGUAUUCAUGAGAUUCAUCUAAUUGUGUAUCUCAGAGUUAUCGCACAAGUAGAUGGGAAGAUGGUGAAGCCUCCGCCGGAACGUCCGCUAGAGGGUCUCAUCACGAUUCACUCAGAAAUCUCGCCUAUGGCAUCGACGGAAUAUGAGCCAGGUCGUCCUUCGGAUGAGGAAGUCACGAUGACGCGUAUGCUUGACAAGGUCAUUCGAAGAAGUGAUGCGGUAGACAAGGAAUCACUUUGUAUCCAGGCGGGGCAGAGAGUCUGGCAUCUUCGUCUAACAAUCCAUUGUUUGGCGGAUGCAGGCAAUUUACUAGAUUGUGCAUGUCUUGCAGGAAUCGUUGCUUUCAAGCAUUUCAGAAGACCGGAGGUUGAGGUCGUCGGUGAUGAAGUCACAAUCCACCAUCCAUCAGAACGCGCACCAGUCCCACUUUCGAUGCACCACACGCCAUUCUGCUUGACCUUCGCAUACUUCCCAGACACAUCAACUCCACCCGUACUUGACCCUACUCAUCUGGAACAACGUCUCAGUGCAGGAUUGCUAUCUGUCGCUCUUAAUGCCCAAAGAGAACUUUGCGUCGUUCAAAAAGCUGGUGGUGUACCGCUGGAUCCUGAUGAGAUUCUGAGAGUUGUGGAUGUGGCGGUCAUCAAAGCAAAAGAGUUGGAUAAGAUUGUUGAGGAGCGACUCAAGGAGGAUUUCGCUGGGAGGAAUAUAGAGGUUCAAUAGCGAAGAUGAUCAUACUUCAGUUGGCUUGUGACUGUGCAUCUGCUACUGUAUUCUCCAUGACAUUGCAAAAAGCGCAUCCAGCAUUUGGCGAGCAUACACAAACGUCAACAUCUUAUCUGUUUGUCGAGCUUGGAAGAAAUAAUGGUGUGUAUGAUAUUAGUACAUUUGCUCUUUUAAGGACCCAAAGCUAGUCUCAUCUAACCGACCAUGCUACGCUUACGACCGCGCAAACGAA